GAGCGAGGCGCGCGGGCGUCAUGGCAGGCGACGAGGUGCAGGGCGCAGGGCAGGACAUGGAUUAUAACAUCACCUUCCCCGAGCCGCUGUCGUCGGCGGGAUGGUCUACGGGGCCCAGUGAAGAGCCGGUGGUGUUCCUGCUUGGUUGGGCUGGCUGCCGGGACAAGCACUUGGCCAAGUACAGCAGCAUUUACCAGCAGCAGGGCUGCAUCACGGUUCGCUACACGGCAGCGCUGCGCGAUGUGUUCCUGAGCGACCCGCUGGGUGGCGAACGCCUGCGUGUGGUGGCGUGCCAGCUGCUGGAGCUGCUGGCCGACUACGGCGUGGAGGGGCAGCCCGUGCUCAUGCACGUGUUCAGCAAUGGCGGCGCGAUGCUGUACCGCCGACUAGCUCAGGAGAUAGCAGCGCGGGGCCACACGGUGCAAGUCGUGGGCGCCGUCUUCGAUAGCGCGCCCAGCGAUCGCCACGUGAGGGGCCUCACGCGUGCGCUCAACGCCAUUCUCAAGACGAGGACCAACACGGCGAUGCGCCUCCUCGCGCUGCUCCUCUACAUGAUCGUUGUGCUCUUCCUGAAGUUCUUCGCCAUCCCGCUGGGACUCGUCAAGUCGACCUACAAGGUGCUGGUGCGUGGCCGCUGGCGCUGGCCGGAGCUCUACUUGUACUCGCAGGCCGACAGCAUCGUGCCGUGGCGCGACGUGUGCCGAAUCGCCGAGGAGCGGCGCACCACGGGCGUGCGUGUGCGCUGCCACGACUUCGUAACGUCCGAGCACGUGUCGCACUUCCGCGCGUUCCCCGAGGAGUACACCGCUCGCUGCGUCGCGUUCUUGCGCGAGUGUCUGCCGGGCGACGUGGCGGAGGAGGAGGAUGAGGUGGAAACGAGCGACAGUUCCACGAAGGCCGAGGACUCGGACGGACAUGGGGAAGACGCUGCCGAUGCCAUCGACGAGGGUGGUGCCAGGCGGAGGAAAGGGGCCGUUUGGCUCGCAAAGGAGGAAAGGCCCUCGUUCCCCUAGCCCAUCGGGAUGGAGAAUGUGGUGUAGAAGCUUGUAUCUGCGUUUUUCUCUGAGUGUUGAGAUCGUUUCCAGAAAAACGGUGAAAUAUUAAUGCAUAUAGGGUAGCUGGGCUGUAAACACUCAUCACAGAAAAUUGUGACAAGGCAGCAUUUUAUUUGAUGACAUUUACACGAGAACAAGGAGAUCGUAGACAUCUCUCCGAAUGUAUCUGUAAUCGCAGCAGGCUUAAGUAGGCAACAAUGACUCCCUGCCGAUGCCUUGCUUCAUUGUUGGCUACUGAAAUCAUCUGCAAUUGUAGAGAAAUUGUCGACCGAUGGUGAUUGCACUCUUCUUGCUUAUUUAAUAAAAUGCUGGCUUGCCCCAAUGUGUUCUGAUGAUUUUAAUUUUUAAUAAAAGUUCUAGUUUUACAUAAAUCCUAAAACUUGAUUGGGUACUGUCAAACUAACAGUUGUAUUUUAAACUGUUUGCUGCGUAAUUGCAAUUUUUUAUAAUAGGUUAGAUUUUUAAUAACUGGUAACACUUUGCAAAUGUGGAUCUAUUCGUUUGUAACAAUAAUUGCUGUGCAAUAUGUGUUAUUGAUGUCUGAUGUGUAAUUUUGCUUGCUUUUGAUGUAAAUUUUACAAAUUUUGCAACGUUUUGACAAACAAAUUUUGAGUUAGAUUUUAAAAUUCAGCUCUAAAAAUAACUGUGAAAUGUGUACAAAUAUAUUGGCCCGGGGAAAAUUGCUUUCUCUUUCUUGACCCCAUCACAGCUGCCAUGCCUUCAUGGUGACCAUGCUUUUCAUUCCGGAUUUUCUGUAUAUAUGGUACUCCAAUAAAAAAAUUAUAAUGGAUAGCAAA